AUGUUUGUUGCCAGUUUCGUCAUACUAUCUUUACACAGGUUCUUAUCUGACAACGUCGAGCAAUACAUGCUUGAGAGCCAAGCAUUGAACUUGAACCGAGAAUCGAGCUUCAAUCCACGGAAUAUAGCGUACGCUGUUUACUCACAUAUAAAUUCGUAUAACAAUGGAGAUGAAAUGAGCGAUACGGAGACGUCGAAGAUUAGUGCGGAAGGUGGAGAAAUAUACUUCCACUGGGACGAUUGGGUUGAUUUGCUGCAGAUCGACCACAUACUUCGAAAAUACCGAGCAGAGUCCCCAGAGGGUCAGUGUGAUCGGGUGCUCGACAAGUUUGCGAACGUGAACGGGUAUUUCAUGGAGUCAUAUAAUAAAAAGGUGUCUAGAGGUAUGGCGGACUUAUAUUGCUUGAAGGACACACCAGCGAAGAUCAUUGCAGUCACGGACGAGUCCAUGGUUGAGGUACCGGUCCAUGGGAGGAAACGGAUUGGUCCAUCCAAUUUGCCGGCAAAUAUAACCAAGGACGAGUUGGUGGAAGAGAUGCUUAAAGUUCAAAACACGGAACUGUCUAAAUUCGAACUGAAGCCAUUGAAGAGCGCACAAAAAUCUGUCAACGUUAAGGCGGAGGAUUUCAUAUUCAAUCCUGACCUUGAGAUUUUCAAGUUACGGGAAAAGUUGAAUACCGAUACAAUCAAACUGUCUGAAUAUACCUAUUUGAAGUUUUUGGAAUACUCCAACAAAUUAGUGGAAUAUUCGGGCAGAUAUUUCAAAUAUCCUUGGAUUGUUUCCGACGUGGUCCAAGGACAUUCUCAUCAUCUAGCAUAUCCUUUCUUUAAAAGAUUUAUUGGGGAUCGUGAAAGGCAAAGUGUACUUCACCACAUGAUACGAGCAUGGUUUCAGUUUGCAGAAGCCGCAGAAAUGCCGAGCUGGAUAAAUUACGGUUCGUUGUUAGGAUGGGCACAUAAUGGUGUAAAUAUGCCAUGGGAUACUGAUGUCGAUGUUCAAAUGCCGAUUGUGCAUUUGGACAGACUAGGAAGAGAGUAUAAUCAGUCAAUUAUACUUGAAAAUCCAAGAUAUGGUAAUGCGAAAUAUCUUCUUGAAAUUGCGCCUACAUACAUAAGACAGGGAAAUGGUAAAAAUUUCAUUGAUGCAAGAUUUAUUGAUAUUAACUCAGGUCUCUAUAUCGAUAUCUCUGCUUUGUCUCAUUCAGGAAGUUCUCCACCAAAUGACUUAUUUGACGGAUUAUCAAAAAAAGAAGAACACAAAUCGUUACUGGUUCAUUGCAAGAAUUGGAAUUGGCAUACUCUAGAUGAGAUUUUACCAAUAAGACACACCUAUUUUGAAGGUGGUGAUGCAUACAUACCGAACAAUGUUUCCAGGAUUUUGAGUAGAAAAUAUGGAAAGGAAUCAUUCACUACAAAAAUUCAUGCUUUCAAUCAUAAUUAUCAAAGAGAUAUCAGCCUUUGGGUGUCUGAUGACUUAUGCGAAAGCCCACCUAACAUCGAUAGGUUCGAAAAUGAUGACAAAAGUAGAUUGACAUUAAAAGGUGCUUGUGACGAAAUAAUUUUACAAGAUGAAUACCAAAUUGCUUAUGAAUGUACUAAAAGACACAAGCAAUUGGAAAUUGAUGUUGAUACUAGUGUAGAAUAUCAAAUAGAUGAAAAAGGAAAUUUACCUUACUUUCGAAAGGAUGCAUGGGAUUAUUAUAACGACAUAAAUAAUAAUGUUGUUAAUCAUGACCGAUGGUAUAUAAGAGAAGAUGUUGUCUAG